GCUGGACACAACGAGAAAAAACUCCUCCAUAAGCUACUAGAUCACUACAACGUAUUAGAACGUCCUGUUGCCAAUGAAUCUGAUCCUCUUCAAUUAAGCUUCGGAUUAACUUUAAUGCAGAUCAUAGACGUGGAUGAAAAAAAUCAACUGCUAAUUACUAACAUCUGGUUAAAAUUGGAAUGGAACGACAUGAACUUGAGAUGGAAUUCUUCAGAAUUCGGUGGGGUGAAAGAUCUCCGUAUUCCACCCCACCGCCUCUGGAAACCCGAUGUUCUCAUGUAUAACAGUGCCGACGAGGGCUUCGAUGGAACUUACCCUACAAAUGUGGUUGUGCGUAACAAUGGCAGUUGUUUGUACGUUCCACCCGGUAUAUUUAAAAGCACAUGCAAAAUUGAUAUAACUUGGUUUCCGUUUGACGAUCAGCGCUGCGAGAUGAAGUUUGGAAGCUGGACGUACGAUGGAUUACAGCUGGACCUUCAAUUGCAAGAUGACGAUGGGGGUGAUUUGAGUAGUUUUAUUACGAAUGGCGAGUGGGAUUUGCUGGGGGUACCAGGAAAAAGAAACGAAAUCUACUACAAAUGUUGCCCCGAGCCAUAUAUCGACAUAACAUUCUUUAUUCUAAUCCGAAGGCGCACACUUUACUACUUCUUCAACCUUAUAGUACCUUGCGUUUUAAUAGCAUCCAUGGCAGUUCUUGGUUUUACUUUGCCUCCGGAUUCGGGAGAAAAGCUCUCACUCGGAGUCACUAUUCUACUCUCUCUUACAGUAUUUUUGAACAUGGUGGCUGAAACUAUGCCUGCUACGUCGGAUGCCGUACCACUGCUUGGAACAUAUUUUAAUUGCAUUAUGUUUAUGGUAGCAUCAUCUGUCGUUUCUACCAUUCUUAUUCUCAACUACCAUCACCGAAACGCUGAUACCCAUGAGAUGUCACAGUGGGUAAUGGUAUUUUUAUGUUGGCUUCCGUGGAUAUUGCGUAUGCAGAGGCCAGCUGACAAAAACAACUACGUCUCAUCGCCGAACCGUUCAGCACCUCCUGAACGGAAACCCAUUCAUUUUCCGGAAGUCGAAUUAAAGGAACGCUCAUCGAAAAGUCUAUUAGCCAAUGUUUUAGAUAUAGAUGAUGAUUUUAGGCAUAAUUACAGAGGAGGGGGCACUCCCACACCACUUCAACCUACGACAUUUUUCAGAACUGUUUACAGACAAAACGAGGAAGGUGGAAAUGGAACAAACGGGGCAAGUGUUGGCGGUGGGCCGCGUCUUCAUGAAACCAUCGUAGCGAAUCACUCCUGUAUCAGUGCUGACUACGAGCUAGCCAUGAUUCUGAAGGAGAUCCGCUUCAUAACCGAUCAGUUGCGAAAAGAAGACGAAGCAGCAAACAUCACAAAAGACUGGAAAUUCGCGGCAAUGGUGGUUGACAGAUUGUGCCUUAUUAUAUUCACUCUGUUCACUAUCAUCGCCACGUUAGCGGUGCUCUUCUCGGCACCCCAUAUCAUUGUAUCGUAG